GCAGAAGCUGAGACUUAGAACCUCAAGGACUCACUGUGGGUGCCCAGCAUGAUGUCCUAUGGGGACAGAGUGGGGGGACCGGCUGUCUCCCCACUUCCAGUCCGUGGGAGACACGUGGUGCAUGGGACAGCCUUUGCUUAUGUGCCCAGCCCACAAGUCCUGCACAGGAUUCCAGGGACAUCCACCUAUGCAUUCUCCAGUCUAAGCCCAGUGACCCUCACAGAGCACAGUUGUCCCUGUGGGGAGGUCCUGGAAUGCCAUGAGCCACUACCUGCCAAGCUGGCCCAGGAAGAGGAGCAAAAGCCAGAGCCCAGGCUGCCUCAGAAGUUGCGCCAGGCUAGCACAAAGCUCCUCAAGGUCCCGCUGAUGCUGGGCUUCCUGUACCUCUUUGUCUGCUCUCUGGACGUGCUCAGCUCCGCCUUCCAGCUAGCCGGGGGGAAGGUGGCUGGUGACAUCUUCAAGGAUAACGCCAUCCUGUCCAACCCAGUGGCAGGGCUGGUGGUGGGGAUUCUGGUGACAGUCCUGGUGCAGAGCUCCAGUACCUCGACAUCCAUCAUCGUCAGCAUGGUCUCCUCUGGCUUGUUGGAGGUGAGCUCUGCCAUUCCGAUCAUCAUGGGCUCCAACAUUGGAACCUCGGUCACCAACACCAUUGUGGCCCUGAUGCAGUCAGGGGACAGGACUGACUUCCGACGGGCUUUUGCAGGGGCCACAGUGCAUGACUGCUUUAACUGGCUGUCUGUUCUGGUCCUGCUGCCGCUGGAGGCUGCCACGGGCUACCUGCACUAUGUCACUGGGCUCGUGGUUGCCUCUUUCAACAUCCGUGGUGGCCGAGAUGCCCCUGACCUUCUCAAGGUCAUCACAGAACCCUUCACGAAGCUCAUUAUCCAGCUGGACAAGUCUGUCAUCACCAGCAUUGCCGUGGGGGAUGAGUCCCUGAGGAAUCACAGUCUCAUCAGGAUUUGGUGCCACCCAGACCCACCAGAGGCUUCCACUUCUAUGUCCAGGAUAGAGGCCAACAUCAGCUUUGCAAACACCACCGUGGGGAAAUGCAACCAUCUCUUUGUGGACACGGGGCUGCCGGACUUGGCCGUGGGGCUCAUCCUGUUGGCUGGCUCUCUGGUGGUUCUGUGCAGCUGUCUCAUUCUCCUUGUCAAGAUGCUCAACUCUCUGCUCAAGGGCCAAGUGGCCAACGUCAUCCAGAAGGCCAUCAAUACGGACUUUCCCGCCCCCUUCACCUGGGUCACGGGCUACUUUGCCAUGAUCGUGGGUGCCAGCAUGACCUUUGUUGUCCAGAGCAGUUCUGUGUUUACCUCCGCCAUCACCCCACUCAUCGGCCUGGGUGUGAUCAGUAUUGAGCGUGCCUACCCUCUCACCCUGGGCUCCAACAUUGGCACUACCACAACAGCCAUCCUGGCAGCACUGGCCAGCCCCAAGGAGAAGCUAUCCAGCUCCUUUCAGAUCGCCCUCUGUCACUUCUUCUUCAACAUCUCGGGCAUCUUGCUGUGGUACCCACUGCCCUGCACACGCCUGCCCAUCCGCAUGGCCAAGGCGCUGGGCAAACGCACCGCCAAGUACCGCUGGUUUGCCGUCCUCUACCUCCUCGUGUGCUUCCUGCUUCUGCCCUCACUGGUGUUCGGCAUCUCCAUGGCAGGCUGGCAGGCUAUGGUCGGUGUGGGUGCACCCUUUGGGGCCCUGCUGGCUUUUGUGGUGCUCGUUAAUGUCCUGCAGAACCGAAGUCCUGGGCACCUACCCAAGUGGCUGCAGACAUGGGACUUCCUGCCCCGCUGGAUGCACUCUUUGCAGCCCCUGGAUGGCCUGAUCACACGAGUCACCUUGUGCUAUGCCAGGCCUGAGCCCCGUUCACCCCAACUUCCCCCCAGAGUCUUUCUGGAGGAGCUUCCGCCUGCCACACCCUCCCCCCACCUCGCACUGCCUGCUCACCACAAUGCCACCCGUCUCUAG